GUCUCGACUAGCGAGCCGAAGGAAACCGAGACGAGACAAAGCCAUCGAAACACAGAGACUGCAAAACAACUGGAGCUAGCACUGCUCUUCCUCCUUCGCUCAAAAGAAAUUAUUUUUCUCGUAAGUCUGGAUCCAUCUAUAACGGGUUAUAGUUCUCGCUGGUUGAGUAGAGAAGCCAUUUUGUCUUCUUGCCUCAAUAACUAGGGUUCCUGAGGAAAUGGCUUCACGAACGCUCUCCGUAUUUCAUAGUUCGACAGCCUAUUUACAAUUGGAUUGUAGAAAAUCCAGUCAGUCUUCACUCUCUUUCCCUGGGAAUCUCAAAGUAGACGUGUUGGUGAAUUCUUUGCUUUCGAACCAGCUAUCGCUUCGUUCCUCGCGUUUGAAGCCUCUUCUUCGGAGACCUCGGGCGGCCGUUGCGACGGUUUCGUUUAGUCUUCCGACUGCGAAACCAGAGAGAGUUUCCUCUGAGAAGAUGCCCAAAUGGUCAUCGAGGGCGAUUAAGUCUUUUGCUAUGGGAGAAUUGGAAGCCAGGAAGCUUAAGUACCCCAACACUGGGACUGAAGCUCUUCUCAUGGGGAUCUUGGUUGAAGGAACCAGUAAAGUAGCAAAAUUUUUGUAUGUAUACGGAAUUACGCUUUUCAAGGUGCGAGAGGAAACUAUAAAGUUACUUGGAAAAUCUGACAUGUUCUUAUUCAGUCCUGAACACCCGCCACUAACUGAACCAGCACAAAGGGCCCUUGAUUGGGCUGUAGAUGAGAAACUGAAAUCAGGUGAAAGUGGGGAAAUUACCACAACCCAUUUGCUUCUUGGCAUAUGGUCUGAAGAAGAAUCAGCGGGUCACAAGAUAAUGGCUACUCUUGGUUUUGACGAUGAGAAAGCUAAAGAGCUCGCCAAGUCAGUAAGUUCCAAGCUUGGGAUGUAAUGGCACACGGAAAUGCAAACUCAAAUCUUCAUCCAAUUGAGCCCCAUCAAACCAAUAAGCCCCUCAGAUAUUUUAGUCGAACGUUUAAAAAUAUAUUUUUUUAAUCCCCUCUUUCCACACCUCUAUAUAUUAGAGAUUUCCAGUCUGGAUUCUUCUUGAAGUAAAUAACAUCUUGAAUCUCACCAUUUAUGUAAUUGCUGUUACUCCCAGAUGGAUGAGGAAGUCGUUUUGAGCAAUCAGUAGGGAUGUGAAAAGAUUCAAAACUAGCUCUUUGCCCAAAGCUUCUUUGCAAGACUUCUCAGAAAAGAUCAGCUGCUUUGUGGUAUUGUUUGUUAUGAUGGAAGUUGUUCUGCAUGACUUCAUACAAGUAUGUUUGAUUUUGUAAGGCACUAUCAGGUGCUAGUGUAACCAUCAUUGAAAAUUCUACAAUUCGUCAGAAGGAAUCUUGAUGGAAUUUGAUUUCAACUUCGUGACA